GUGAAUCUGUUAACGUUGGCUGUAGAUUCGUUGACCAGUGUUGAUGAUUUUCUGGCGGUCAGUGAGGCGCAUAUCAUCGAAGACGUCAAAAUUGGGAUUCAGGCGGUGUUGAGCAGUGAUGGCUACUUGCUGGAUCGUACGGCGGGUGGUAUUCGAGGACGUUCGUUGCGGGUUUGUAGUGUAGUGGAUAACGAGAUGGAUGCAAAUCCUACCAAUCCGUACACAGAACGUGUGAAGAAGGCCACAAAAAUGUUACGAGAGGAUGUUAUAAACGAAUUUUCGACACGUGCCGAACGAGUGGUGAAUAAAUUGGAGAACGAAGAAGAGCCAAGUAAUCAGAAUGAGGAUAUCGACGAGAUUAUUGAAGCGAGCGAAUUGGUGCACAAUGCCGUGAAAGAGAUCCGAAACGCAUUGCUGAUGAAUCGAAAUCCGGAAGAUGUGGACUCUGAUAAUGAAUACGAAGAUGAUGGUCAGACAAUCUAUCCGGACAACAGAAGUCAUGUUUCGGACGCAGAGAAUCAACAACGCCUUAUGAGAAGACUCCCAGAAGAGGAUAAAAAGAAAAUCCAAGAACAAAUCGAUGUAUUCAAGAUCACUCAAAGUAAAUUCGAAAGAGAAGUGGGAAAAUGGGAUGAGACUGGUAAUGAUAUAAUUGUAUUGGCGAAACAUAUGUGCAUGAUUAUGAUGAAUAUGACCGAUUUCACAAGGUAUUUGUUGUUUCAUCUAACUGAUUGUUUAACUUCUUUAUUAGUACGUUCGGUUUGCUAA